AUGCAGUUGAAGUUUCCCCAUGAAAAGGACCUGUUUUUCGUCCUCGUAAAUCUGAAAUUUGAAGCCCCCACAAAGAAAAUGAGAACUGCAUUGCCACUGGAGAUUACAAUGUCCCACCAUGUGUGGAAUUGCAGUCAGGCAGGGGCAUUGGUUGCAUCAGUGUUGCAAGGAGACGUCACGGGCUUGGGAAAGGCUCCAUCAUCGGACAAAAUAGUGGAGCUACGGAGGGUGCCAUUGGUUCCAGGAAUGGAGGCUGUGGAGAAGGCUGCUAUUGAGGCUGGUGCAUUUGGAUGCACAAUUAGUGGGGCAGGGCCCACUGCAGUGGCUGUGACAGAUGAUGAGGAGACUGGCCGAAUAAUUGGGGAAAGGAUGGUGUAG